AACCUGUUGUAGGCAAGGAAAAGAAACGCAAGAAACUCGACGAAAUUGUUUUGGGAUUAUCGGCGGCUAAAGAACAAAAAACAUUCCCCGAUCCAUCGCUUCCUUCGUCGAAAAAACAACCCAUUACACCAAGUGUCUCAGUAACACCUGCAAAUGUUCCCUCGACAAUGGCCAGUCAGAGCAAUCAGAAACCUUUUACAAUAACAGUUACUAGUGUUCCAGGAAAAUCAAAGAGUGGUGGCUCAUCAAUGCCAUCGACGUCGUCCUCUUCAUCGCAUACGUCGUCGUCUGGUUUGGCUGCAUUACAAAAUAUGGCUAUGGGUGGAGUGCCCUCGAAGGAUAGUUUGAAUGCAUUGCUUGCUCAAACUAUGCAAGCCGAUCCUCAAACGUUCCUUAAACAGCAACAGAAAAUGAUGCAAUGUUUGCCCGCGUCACAGCGUAAAGCAUACGAAGUUAUGCUGGCUGAUAUGAAACAAGCAGUGGAAAUGACGUCAAAAUACAAUUCGCACGAUGUCAAGGUGAAUAAAUGGCUGGCUGAACAAAAUGCUGCUCUCAACGAACAACUCAACAUGGACUACCGUCGAUCAAAUCGUAGUUCAUCUCAACAAGCAUCGAUGCCGAAAGCUUCUCCGCAGCAACAACCACAACCACCUCCACAGCCACCACAACAACAGCAAUCACAACUCACUGGACCACAAAGUCUUACGGGUGAUGAACCAGUUGUGGUUAUAAAUAAACAAACAGGGAAACGUCUCACAGGAAACAAAGCGCCACAACUUAAAAGACUUAUGCAAUGGCUCACGGAUAAUCCAGCAUAUGAAGUUGAUCCGAAAUGGUUGGAACAUAUGCAGAAUCCAAUGUCAGCACCAUCACCAAAAUCUAAUCAAAUGGACACAAGCGGCUUCAGUGGAAGUUCAAGCAAGAAUCACGGUGGUGGUCGUCCAUCUUCGACGUCUAGCAACACCUCGACUAGCAGUCAUUCGCAGCAGCAACAACAGUCGCAGCAACCCCAACAAUCACAGUCGAAGAAAUCGAGUCGCCAGAGCGCAAUCGAUCAAGCCAAUGCAAUGCAAUUUGGUGGGUUGGCUGGUCUCAAUCCAAACCUAUUGUCUGGCCUACCCGGAUUGGGAGCUUUCGAUCCAAAGAAUCCUCUCCUCAUGCCGUUUGCGGGUAUGCCCGGUUUGGGCAGCAUGGGUGUUUUGGGUAACCUUGGCAACAUGAGUAACAUGAAUUUGUGCAACAACCUUGCCGCAUUGAGUGGCCUUGGCAAUUUGCCUGGCAUGGAUGCGCAGAGCUUAGCUGCUCUUUUGGCUGCAGCCGGGACAGCUGGAUUAGGAGGGUUAGGCGGUCCUUCUUCGUCGGGAAAUAGCGGUGGCAAAGCAAGCAGCUCCCAAUCGAGCAAAAAAAGCAAAAACAAUGACAACUCUCAGCAGAGUAAUAGCUCAUCGCAAGGAGGCAGUGGCGGCGGAGGACAAGGAUCCAGCGGGAACAGUGGUGGAAGUAAGAACAUCCCAACAUCAAGUGCAUCUUCUGCAGCUGGAAAUAGUGCAUUCCCGUUCCUGUUCCCCAAUCCAGGUUUGUUAUAUCCUCCAUUGGGUUUGGGUGGUCUCAAUCCAUAUUCUCUGGGAUCUGGUAUGUCUGCGUAUGAUCAAUUGGCUCAGCAGUAUAACCUGUUGAAUGGAGCCAAUAAUCCACCGACAUCUUCAUCGUCAACAUCGAAGAGUUCCCAUCAGUCGCAGAGCAAGUCCAGUAGUUCGCGUUCGAAUGCUAUGAGCACUGCAAACAUGGGCGGUUCGUCGACAUCAACAUCGAGUAGUGGUAGAGGUCGAAGUUCAGCGUCAAGUCGCGCUGCAGCAAAUGAGAUGGCACAACUGUCCAGUUUGUUAAUGGGUAAUGCCGAUCCACAUCUCCUGGAGUCGUUGAGUCGCAUGGCUGGAAUGGAUUUAGGACAAGCGUCGCGUUUGAUGAGUAGUUUAGGAGGACAACCCAAUCCACCGUCAGAAAAGCGUUCAUCUGCUUCGUCUUCAAUGUCAUCGAAAGAGGCCCACGAGAAACAAGCUGCCAAAGAACAACAAAAGUGGAUGGAGAGCUUGGCCCGUGGUGCUUUGCCUCCUGAUUUAGCAACAUUGCAGGCCUUUACUCAAGGCAAACUUCCAUCAAGUUCGCAGUCUUCUUCGUCCAGCAAGAGUGGUUCAAAGGGAUCAUCAUCGCAACUACCACAGAUGUCAAUGGCCGGAGAUCUAAGCCAAGCGUUCCUGGCCGAAAUGGCUGCCCAGGCAAUGGCCGCAGCUGCCGGAAGUGGACCGCUCUCUAUGGGGGCUGGUGGCCUUGGUGGCAUGGGCGGUGGCGGCGGUGGUGGUGGAGGUAGUAGUAAGCGAAGCCGUGAUCAAGAGAUGAAAGAUGCCUUUGAGCAGUUCAGCAAACAACAAAUGGACAUUUACACGCGCACAUUAGGUCUCGGUUCGGGUAUAUCCUUAAUACCAACAUCAUCGGCUUCUUCGUCUGGCAUGAAUGACGACCACAAGCCGAAACGUUCUCGCUCGGAUAGUCACACAUCGAGUAGCUCCAAAGAUGAGCUAUGUCUUCCCCUAAAUCUUGGCGCAAUGAGCAACAUUGAAAAGAGCUUACGCGGAAUGACGGGCGGCGGUGGUGUUGGCGGAGGUGGAGGCGGUGGAAGAGGAGACAUGAGUGGCUUGGGAGGAGGGCACUCUGGUUGUGAUCCUAUUGACAAAGUUACCCUCACGCCACUAAGCUCUGCAGGCAUUGCAGCAAAUCUACCCUCACAAACAACGAUAACCAUAGCCCCACCGAUAAGCUCCGGUGCUAGCACAAGCAGCGAUCGUAGCGAACGCAGUGAAAGCCGCAUAAGUCUAACGAUAACAAAUGCAGCAGAUGCCGCCAAACUUCCACCACCAUACGAAGAAGCUGACGAGUUGAUAAUUCAACCGAUCUUAAAGAAACAACAAUCCGGUGGUGACGAUGGUGAUGGCUACGAAGAGCGUCGAUCCUCGAGUAGAUUGAAAAGACCUCGUUCGAGUGGUGAACACUCGCUAGAUGGCCCAGCCGAGAAGCGAAGGGAAUUGCGUUCUACAAGGCACACCCGUCAAAGUGGAGCAUCAAAUUCAGAAACCCUGAAUCUAUCAACGAAUAAUGAAAAUGACACCGACAAGGGAGAUCAGUAGGGAACAAAGAAUGUCCGAAGAAGUGCGAGAUUAAAAUCCACAAAUAUAAAUUUGACGAAAAACAAAACAAAAAUUGUUAAAAAAAACUAAAACAAAAAGAUAGACGAGAUAUCUCUUUAAACAAAAAAAAAAUAUAUUUUUUUGGUCAUGUGUUUGUUUGUCAAAAGAAAACAAAAAAGAGAAACCCCUUAAUCAAACGCUUAAAAUAUUUUGUAACUUAUUUUUUUUAUGUUUUGUGUAACGAUUUUAAGUUUAUAACGUACAUACCUGUUUUUUUUUUCAAAUUGGAUAUUCCUCCAGUAUCUGUACAUAAAUAUUUUUAAUUUGUAAGUAACCACACGUCACAUCCUUUUCCCUAUAAUUUUGUCCACAAAAAUACAUUUUACUUUAUAGGAAAAAAAGAAGAAAAAAAACAAUUUCUACAUAACGGUAACAAUAUUUAUUUAUGUUAAGUAAAAGUAAAGUAUUUUUUUUUUUAAAUAUUGUCUCUAGAUAGACUUAAAAGGUUUUAUUUUUGAAUGACAUAAAUAUUCUAGAAUUUCCAAUUAAAUAAACAAAACAAAAAAAUCAUAGGAACACCUUUAUUUAGAUUUAUCUAUAAAAUAAAAAAAAUUGUAAUUAAGACAAGAAACAUAAUGAUAAUAAUAAAAAAGUAUAUAUAAAUUGAUAAACAAAAAUGACAAGACUUUGGAGUUCAAAGUAAAAAUGGAGCGAAAAAUUAACUUGCUGCUGUGUUAUUUUCACUUCCAUUCUUAUCUUUUUAUCUCCAAAGAAUUAAUAAUUAUAAUUUAUUUAAAUUAAUGUUGUUGAUCAAUAAUAAAGAAGAAGUAGUUUUGUAAAAAAAAAAACAAUUAUGAAAACUGACUGACUGCAUGCUGCGCUGUUAAAUAAAAACAAAUAAACAAAAGAAAAGAACACACCUAAUAAAUCUUGUAGUAGGGUGUACAUUUUUAGAUUUUCCUUUUCGUAUGCAUGUUUCUUGAUAAUUAAAUUUUAAAUUAAUUUUUUUUUAUUAAUAUAUUUUUUUUAAAGAAAAUAAAAAAAAACUAUAACCAUGCACACGGAAGAAAAUCAAUAUUUAUUAAUUUUUAUUUUACAUUCAAUUAAUUAUAAAUAAAAAAAACAUAAAGGGUACGAGAUGAGUGAGUAAAAAUACAAAACAAAAAAUAAACAAAUAUAACAUACCAACAUUACAUACUAGAGUUAUUAUCAUAAAUAAAAGAAAAUACACACACAAUUUCCAUACGAAAGAAGAAUACAAAACAACAACAACAACAAAUAAAAACAAGUUGAGGAAAUUCCAUCAAAUAUUGUGAUUAAAAAAUAAUAUAAAAAAUAUUUUGUAUAAAAAAUGAAUAUAAAUAAGCGAAAAAACAAAAAAAAACUAUGCUUAAAAACAAAAACCACACAUAUAGUUUCCAAACUUAACAAUUUAAAUAUAUAUAUAUUAUAAAAAUUAAAUAUAUAUAUAUAUAUAAUAUUAUAUUAUAUAAAUAAAAGAAACAAAACAAAAACUGAAUAAAAGUAGGUCUCCCCAUUUUUUAAAUAAAACAAUUUACUCUGUAAUUAUUCAAUUUAAAAUAGAUAUUUUUAAUUAUUAUUUUUAUGUAAAAUAUAUGAUUUUAUUAGAAAAAAAAAAUAUACAGCAAAUUUAACUAAAUCCUAGGAACCCAAAACAAAAAUUAAUUAAAAAACAAAAAUGCGAAUGAUAUUAAAAUCAAUCGAAAGAGAAAACAAAACAAAAAUACAAAAACAAACACAACCUUCAAACCAUCUUCAUAAUAAAAAGUUUCAAAUAAAAUAAUAUUCAAAUCUAGACUAUAAAAAAAAAGUUUUAAAAAACCAUACAAAUCCUUCAACUUUUGUAAGAGAGAGGAAAACCCUCAUGUUGGAAUAUCUAUUUCUAUGCGAGUGGCUUUGCUUAAAAGUUAUGUUUUGAAUUAAAUAUUGCUGCUGUUGACUGAUUUCUUUUAAACAAAGCUCAGAAAAUGUUAAUAUCACGAAUCACGAUAUUCUCCAAAAAUUCCAAAACUCCAAAGAAUUAAAUGCUGCUGUUCUUGUUUGUUUUGAUUUUUGGUCUUGAAUGCACGUCGUUUUAUGAUAAUAUCAAUUUUUUGUUCACUUAGAAAUGGAUAUUUUUUUGAGUGGUUUCUUCUCUUGUACAAUUUAUUA